UAGAUUACUUCUGUUUUUGUUUGUCCACAGGCCUGGACUUUGUCCCUGUAGGCCAGAAUGCCAGUUGCCAGGAGUUGGGUAUGUCGGAAGACAUAUGUCACCCCCCGCCGACCCUUUGAGAAAUCUCGCCUCGACCAGGAGCUCAAACUAAUUGGUGAGUAUGGGCUACGGAACAAGCGUGAAGUGUGGCGAGUAAAGUUCACUUUGGCCAAGAUCCGCAAAGCUGCCCGUGAGCUACUCACCCUGGAUGAGAAGGAUCAGCGACGUCUCUUUGAGGGCAAUGCCUUAUUGCGCCGUCUGGUCAGAAUUGGGGUACUGGAUGAGGGCAAGAUGAAACUGGAUUACAUCCUGGGUCUGAAGAUAGAGGAUUUCUUGGAGAGACGUCUCCAGACUCAGGUCUUCAAGCUGGGCCUGGCCAAGUCCAUCCACCAUGCUCG